AUGGAAGGGGGGAGGCAGGUGCGGGACAAUGGGGUCGGGAUACCGCGGGCGGAGGUCGCGCUUGCAGUAGCGCCCUAUUACACUUCAAGGCUCCAGGAUUUUGCUGCGCUGGAGACCCUCCAGUCCUAUGGCUUCAGAGGGGAGGCGCUGCACUCGAUCUGCAACAAUUGCGGUGAACUGAGCAUUAUGACGCGGACGGCGAGCGACGACUCAGGGCUCGUCACCACCUUCGACCACAAGGGCUUGGCGCUGAGCGCCAAGCCCACGGCAAUGGAGUCAACGGGCACUGCUGUGAUCGUGAAGGAGGUAGUCGCGAGAUGCACUCACCCCAUUCGGCUUGUCCUCAACCAGCUGUUCAGGAACACUCCCGUGCGACUCCAGGUGGCCAGGAAUAGGUCCAAAGAAGAAAUGCGCAGGUUGACCCAAACGAUGUGGGCCUACGCGAUCGUGCGUCCGGACGUACACUUUACGUUGCGAGCUCUGCCGCAGGUCGAUUUUGUCAAGCCCCCGCUCCCCUCAACCGCUGCCGCAAUCAAAUUCCUGUGCACCGACAAGGUGUUUGCCCAGCUCGAGGAGGUGCGUGGGGAAGUGGACGGUGUGGCUUCAUUCGAGGGCUUCCUUCCGCGUGGCAAUUCCCUGGUUGACCUAUCAACGCGACCGAGCAACGAUCGCUGCUUCAUUUUCGUCAACCAUCGCCCAGUAGACGUGCCACAGAUCGCGCGUCUGGUCAACAAGAGCAUGCGGCAACACUUCUUUGGUGAGAAUGGGGAUCGCAGAGUCCAGCGACGAUUUGCUUUUAUCGUGCUGCACCUCAAUAUGGCCCCCAGCAAAUACGAUGUUAAUUGCUCGCCGGACAAGCGGCAAAUCAUGCUCCACGCCAUCGAUCCCAUCCUCGAGCAGCUCCGCACGGUCCUGCUUCGUCUCUACCCGGCGCAGGGUGCACCCGGCUUUGCCGCAUCGGAAGCCUUUGCCUCCUACGCCGCAUCCCCGACCAAGGUCAAGGUCACCCUGGUGAACCCCACCACUCGCGCCACCACACAGGUCUCGCUCGCGCAGCUGGCUGGUGCUCCCCGAUUCACCGACCAUCCCGCCGCAGCCGGACUCGACACGACCACCGAUGACGGAGAGCCCGACGAACCCAGCUCCCUGGUGGAACACAGAGAGGGCGGCAUCGACGACGACACCGAGCCGCCAACGCAGACCUACGGCCACCCACCAGCCAACUCCACACCUGGCAUUCAGUAUGCUCCUGCGGCGCAGGCCCACGAACGGGAACACGAAGCCGAAUAUCAUCAGGGAGGAGGAGGAGAAGAAGAGGAAGAGGAAGAAGGAGAGGAGGCCCACACUCAAGUCUACGGCGGCCGCGGUGGUGGAAGAGGAGCUGGCGCUGGAGCUAGUGGAGGUGGUGCUCCCAGCCGGCAGCCGGAAUUCGGCGGCGGGCAUUCGACCCCUCUCGUUUCGCCCCGCUUCCGUUCACCAGUCGUGGCCGCACAGCCGGCUGCUACUGCUGCUGCUGCUGCUUCUUCGUACCCGCGCGUCGCCCCGGCGCCCACUCGCGUUGCGUCGCUCGACACGGGGGGCGCGCUUCCGCCCGGUGGCGCGGACCUCAGUCCCUACACGUCGUUCCUCGCCUCCAUCGACCCCGUGCGUGCGGCCCAGCUCCCUCCAGCCGCCACGGCCAAGCGCAAACUCGACCGACUUCCCCACGAUAACCACCAUCACCACCACGACGAUGACGAGAAUGAGGCGGAGGACGAGCCUUGCGGCGACAUACGACGGGUGGGCAAUGACGGAGAGGCGAGCCGACGAGCAGCCAAGGCCCUCAAGACGGAGCGCAGCAGCAACAGCGGCCCCGGCAGGGAGCUGCGGGUGACGGUGGGCGUGGAGGAUCUCUCCCAGCGCAUCGCCGCCACACAACUUGCGGCCACGCAGCGAAUGGCACGGUCGCCCUCGGGCAGCUCGCCCGAUGUGCGCCUGGUGGGCGUAGCCGGCCUUGACGGGCCGCCAGAGCGAGGAGGCUCGACUCUCAUCGUGUCGGUCGGGGAUCGCCUGCUGGCCCUGUGUCCCUCACUCGCAGAGAAAGCCCUCCAACAGCAGCACGCCCAGCCGCGUGAAGCUGCCGGCGCAUCCCACGUCCCGGGGCGCCCCAACCUGACGCGCGAGGCGGGGGAGCUGCUGCUGGCCCGCCUGCGGUCGGCGCGACUCCUCGGAGACCUGGGCACGGCCAUGCCCGUGUGGUGCAGCCCCCUCGCAGGAGGCCCUCCUUCGCGAUCCCGCGAGCACCACCAAUAA